AUGGCCACUGAUGAUCAAUAUACGUACGAGCCUCAGUUUGUGGAGGAUGCUGGUAAUGUAGAUGAAGAUUAUGUUCCAUCGUCUGAAGUCGAGACUGAUACAAGCGCCUCUGAAGACUUGUCGGAGACAGAGAACGUGAGAAGGGCGGGGAUUGAAUAUGCAGGUUGGCAGAAUUUGCAGAUCGACGAGGAUGAUGACGAACAGGGCAAGGAAUUUUAUGUCAGCAAAUCAGACAGCAGACGAGUCUACUUCAAAUGCAAGCAUUCAGAUACGUGCCCCUUCAAGCUCCAUGCAUCGUCACAAGAUGGAGCCAUUUGGGGAGUGUAUAAGUUCACCAAUGAGCACUCAUGCGACGGUGAGCUAGGGCGCGUAGCGCGAAUAAAGGCCCCCGCAAAAGUCGUCGCAGCAUAUUUAGCACAGAAGAUACACGACGAUUGCGAGAUCUUGAAGCCGAAGGCCAUCCAGCUGGAGCUGCGACGUGAGUUUGUCGUACAGAUCAAGUACGAUGUUGCAUUGCGAGCCCGUAAUCGAGCCACUGAGAUGGUUUAUGGUCGACAUGAUCAGUCCUUCGAGAUGCUGCCCAAGUACUUAUACAUGUUGAGACAAUCCAAUCCCGUGACGAAGGACGGCAACGAGAGUUUGUUCCCACUCGCGUAUGGUGUUGGCCCGAAAGAAAACGAUGAAUCGUGGACUUAUUUCAUGUCACGCAUUCAACGUGUUUAUGGCCAAACCAAUGAACUUUUGAUUGUCUCUGAUCAGCAUAUCUCCAUUGCCAAUGCUAUCAGGAAUGAGUUACCAAAUGCAACCCACGGCCUAUGCUACUACCAUUUGCAAAAUAACCUGAAGCAUUACGGUAAGGCAGUGGUCGAGGUGUAUCGACAAGCUGCAUUUGCGUACGAGAAGUCCGACUUCAAUAGGGCUAUGAACGCCCUGAAGUUUAUGAAGAGAGCUGCGUACGAUAAACUAAUGGGGAUUGGGCCGGAGAAGUGGGCUCGUUCGAUGUGUCCUAUGCCUGUGCGACGCUACAGUUUUAUGACAUCAAAUGCUGCUGAAGCUUUUAAUUCCAGAUUGUUGUGGGCAAGAAGACUUCCUAUAUGCUCGAUGUUAGAGGCAAUCAGAAUUGUUAUUGAGAAAUGGUUCAGCGAGCGACUAAGGGCUGCACAACAAAUCGAGCAAGGCUUGACUGCUGAGGCUGGUAAAAGGGUAGCUAUUGAAGUCCAAAAAAGUCGUCGAUACACUGCACAAAGGUUGAGUGGCAUGAAGUAUAAGGUGCAAACUGCUGACAGAAGCUUCAAGGUGGAUCUGGAGAAGAAAAAAUGCGAAUGUCGAGUAUUUCAGCUAGACCAACUGUCAUGUUCUCAUUCAAUCGCUGCAAUAAGUGAAGCCGGUGAUACGAUCGCGGAGUAUGUGGACUCGUACUACACGAAUGACUUUCUUAUCGAUACUUACUCUCGCGAAGUCAAGCGGGGCGCCCAAAAGAAGGUAGACAUCGAGGUGGUGGUGAAGGCACCAGCACACAAGCCGAUGAGUCUUCUAGUAUCAGGCGUCGUAAACCAAAGAAGUGCAGCAUCUGCCAUGAAGAAGGACACAGCAAGAGAACGUGCGCUGGCAGGGCGACUGAGCCCAGGGAGUAGUGGGAUGUAUUUGUGUGCUGUAACAGUUAAUGAUAUUGAUUGA